GGUACCUACCAUUCUAAACAUGUAUUAUGUUACAGCUGCUGUUUUGGUAUGGAUGGGUGUGAGUGCAUCGGGGGAAAGUUGUCAGCGUGACAUACAGACGGACUGUCGUGAUCAGGUUCCCUUCCCUAACUGCGGAUACGAAAUAAAACCUCUAACAAGCGUGUUUGGUGCAGAGGUCAUCGGUGUUGACCUUACGUCACUGAAUCAAAACUGCGCAGACGCACUUAGACAGGAAGCGUAUAUGUACAGGUUCCUGUUGUUCAGGAGUCAGAAUUUAACAUGGCAAGAACAAAUCAAGUUUACCAACAAACUGGGGCCAGCUUUCAAGGAGACCAGUUCGCUACGGCGGAAGUUCCACCCAAAGACUCCUGAUCCGCAUAUAGGUUACUUCUCCAAUGACCCGACUGAGGGUAUUCCCGGACAGGGGAUUGAGGGAUGGCACGUCGACGGAAACAGUGUCCCGCUCCACACCAUUUUACUUUCAUUUAUUGCGUUAACGCCAUCCGUAAUGGUCCAACUCUGAUCGCACCACUGAAGGAAAUCGUGGAUUUGUUCCCUCCGGAAGACAGAGCCUACCUGGAAACCAUUUUAUAUGUCAGUGGAUUCAAUGGAAGUAUCAACAUGCCUCUGAUAUACAAACACCCUGUCCGAAACGAUGACACCAUUAUGCUGGCUCUGAAUAGCCUCUCUGGACAAUACAUUCGUCGCCAUGGUGACCAGGAUGAAAUUCUAUCACAAGAACAGACACGAUUUAUCCAGGACAUGUUGUUAGGAAAGAUUCUUGGUUCGAAUCUGAUUUACUCUCAUCAGUACAAGUCCGGGGAUUUGUUGCUGCUGAACAACCCUUCAGUUGCCCAUAUCGCCGGAGCAGGAUCACAGAGUCCGGUAGAAGUGGCGGGUCUUCGUCUCAUGCAUCGCUCGACCGUCCGCGGAGACCGUCCGCCAAGCAAGGACUCUACCAUCAAAUACGAAUGUGCUCAGUUCGAACCAUUCCAAAAUGGGUAUUGCUUAUUUUCAUUGAAGGAUUCGGUGUUUUAUCCUCGUUACGGAAUAUUUGACACAAGGGAAUGUUGCUAGGCAGAGAUGCAAGAAUAUCGACAAGAACGCAGACCUAGCUACCCUACCUAAUGAAAAGUGGAACAAUCUUGCCAAGACCAUCAUCCGACGAACUGGGGUUCCUCAUUGGUUAAACGGGACGAAUCCGAAUAGAAAAGAUGUGUUUUGGGGAACCGUGAAAAGUGAAUUUACAAAUUGGCAUACUGGUCAGCCGAAUGAUCACGACGGACCGGAAGUUUGUUUAAUUAUAGGGCCGUUCGGAACUUGGCUUGAUCUGGCGUGCGAACCCAAGACAAAGCCAGGUGCAGACCCUGGCCCCGUGAUCACGUGGGAAGACGGGGUCAAACGAAAGUUUAAUGUGUAUCCGCUCUGCGGUGUUCCAUACGAUCGCCUGUCGUAGUUAUUCUUCUCUCUGCUUGGCUUGGCCUCAAAAAUACACCAUGAAAUGAUAAUAAAGACUAUGUAUGUGUCGAUAAAAGCUGAUUCUACUGUCAGUUUUAUAAUUAUUGAUUGUUCAAAUCAAAGAUGGUUGUUUUAAGCACGCUCGAAGUUUCCUUUACUUUCAACAUCGUGACAGUAUAGAAUGCAUAGGCCUGUUAUUUGAAACGCUUCUUGUAAGUAGCCGAUUUAUUUGAAAUAUAACGGUUUUGAACCAUUUUCAAUACAUUUACCAAAAUGACUGAUAGACUGGUACACUCCCUUGCGUACUUUACAAAGGACCGGAAGCCAGUAACCAUCUUCAGCCUACUGCGCAUGCUAAUCAUUUCAUCAUGAUGAUUAUAACUUCCAGUAGAGAAAAAAGCGUCAAAGGUGUCUCUGCCAUAAGCACAUUGGACACUGUUUGCCUGAUCUAAUGUUAAAAAGAGAAACUUAAGUUCAUCUUCGUUCGAACAAGGCAUUUCU